AUGACGUGCCGCUGUCAACAGGGGCCGUGGCGGGACGGCCGCCUCAGCGACUCUGACGGCAGCCGCGGCGCUUUUGACGGCGCCGGCUACGAUGACGCUGCGCCGUUCAUUUCGUCGUCAGAACAUUCGCGCCGUUCCGGGGCGCCCUUCCGCGCGCCCUUGAGAUUUGGCGGCGUGCGCCACCUGCGCCUGCUGUUGCUGGCGCUUGUUAUCGCCGCGGCGGACCUCCUCUUCCCUGCCUGCUCCUGGCGCAGCUUCCGCCUGCUCCGCGCGGGGGGCGGAGACUUUCCGCCCACGGGGAACGGAGAUGCCUUAGCCCCGCCCUCGCCGUUGACUCCGUUGACUCCGUUGAACGAGUCAUAUGGCCACGUCAGCUGCUCCCUCACUGCCCUCCGCGGUGGAGAGCGGCACCAGACGUCUCAGCAGCAUGCUCUCCCUCCCCUCGCCGUCCCCACACCUCCCCUUGUUCGCAUUGCUCCUUCCUCCCCUCCACCCUACAUCCUCUCCACUACUGCAUCCCCACUUCCUCCGCCUCUCCCUACCCUCUCUCCCCCGCCACCGCCCCUCGCCGCCUGCCCACUGUCCCGCCUCUAUCUGCCACAAGCCGUGGCAGCCGCAGCAGGGGAUGGCGCCAACGCAAUAGCAGCAGCAGCACCAGGGCGGCCAGGUGACGUGCUUGCCGCUCGCCUGUUGUGCGACCGGCUGCCUGCUGUCCAAACUAUUAUGAACAUCCUCUUCUCAUCUCUCCUUCCACUUCCUCCCAUUAAAUUGUUCUCUGCCUUACCCCUCUCCAUCCCCCACACAAAGCAGAUCAGCAACUGGGUGCAUUGCAUUCGAAUGCACCUCCUCUUUGCCGGUCUGCUCCACCGCACCCUCCUUGUGAACGCCCUGCCGUCCGAAACCAAGGGGGCUUACAACUACUCUCUCCUCUUCGACAUCUCGCAUGCACGGCAGUGCUACGGGCCCACCUCUGUACAGACCACUGAGGAAUACUAUAACGAGUAUGGAAAAAAGGUGGAGCUGGAUCGAGUGCUCUGCUGGAGCUACCCCUCUUUUGAAGGCUUGGAGCACCCCUUGGCUUGGGGCGACCUUCCUUUUCAACGCCUGCCUGGCUGCCCGAGCACGCUUGCAGUGCAACCAGACGAGCGGAUUUUCCGGGCAGCCGAAGAUUUUGUCCAGGAAAUUUUCGGGCAGAAGGCGUUCUUAAGCCUGCAUUUGAGGGCGGGGGAUCUGCGGGCGAGCUGUGAGCGGCAGCAGCUGGACGUGGGGUGCCGGCUGGGGCCCCACCAGGUGGUGGCGUGCGUCAAGAGGAAGCUCAGAGUGCACCGGCUCAUGCACCUCUUCAUCGCCACAAAUGCUGCCCACAAGGAAGUACCGCUGGCAGGAAAAUGCUGGCAGGACAACGUUGGCGGGAAAACGUUGGAAGGAAAAUUCUGCUUUCUGGACCCCAUGCUUGUGUCUUGCCCUUGGCACUCCUCCCUCACCAGCAUGAACUUCUCCCAAUCGCUCGGUAUAGCUGACCCAGCACCCGUGCCAGGCCUGGCUGCGAUCUUGAGCUGUGUGCAGGAACUGAAGCAGUUGUUUCAAGCCAGAGCCCCCGCCCCACCACCCCCCCCGGGAGCAUCCGUCCUCCCCCCAGGCGUAACCUUCCAAGUGGUAACCAGCGUGCACAGUUGGCCGGGGCUGAAGCGGUGGUUCGGGGAAUUGGACGACGCACAGUCAAAGCAGGUAGAGGCAGAGGUGGAAAAGGUGGUGGCGGUGCGGGGGAGUGUGUUCCAAGGCACGUGCACGUCUACCUUCUCCCUGGACGUGGAGAGAAUGAGGCUGGCCUUGGGAAGGGGUAGCUGCCAUGACUCGUUUGUGUGCGAUGAGGAGAUAACGGCGGGCGAGGUGGUGAAUGAGUCGGAGAGGAAAGGGUGCCGCACGGAGUUUCUGUUCUGCGGUGGAGAGCGGCACCAGACGUCUCAGCAGCAUGCUCUCCCUCCCCUCGCCGUCCCCACACCUCCCCUUCUUCGCAUUGCUGCUUCCUCCCCUCCACCCUACAUCCUCCCCACUUCUGGUACCACCACCGGUCACAGCACCACUGGCAGCACCACUGGCAGCACCACUGGCAGCACCAUCGCCACCACCAGCGCCAGCACCGGAACGUGCGCCUCCUCCUCCGCUCCCCCCCAUUCCUGCUGCCACCUCCCCUGCUCUGUCUCCCCUUCCUCCACCCCCCCCUGCCCUGACUCCUUCUGCCCCACCCCCAUACCUCUCUCCCAUCGCUCCCCACUCCUCAGCAUCCCCCCUUCCUCCGCCUCUCCCUACCCUCUCUCCCCCGCCACCGCCCCUCGCCGCCUGCCCGCUGUCCCGCCUCUAUCUGCCACAAGCCUUGUUCUCUGCCUUACCCCUCUCCUUCCUCACACCGCACAGAUCAGCAACUGGGUGCAUUGCAUUCGCAUGCACCUCCUCUUUGCCGGUCUGCUCAGCCGCACGCUCCUUGUCAACGCCCUGCCAUCGGAGACCAAGCGAGCCUACAACUACUCUCUCCUCUUCGACAUCUCACACGCCAGGCAGUGCUACGGGACCAGCGUUGUACAGACCACUGAGGAGUACUAUAACGAGUUUGGGAAAAAGGUGGAGCUGGAUCGAGUGCUUUGCUGGAGCUACCCCUCUUUUGAAGGCUUGGAGAACCCCUUGGCUUGGGGCGACCUUCCUUUUCAACGCCUGCCUGGCUGCCGGAGCACACUCGCUGUGCAGCCAGACGCACGGAUUGUCCAGGCAGCUGAAGACUUCGUGGAUGAGAAAUUCGGGCAGAAGCCUUUCUUGAGCCUGCACAUGAGGGCGGGGGACCUGCGGGCGAGCUGUGAGCGGCAGCAGCUGGACGUGGGGUGCCGGCUGGGGCCCCACCAGGUGGUGGCGUGCGUCAAGAGGAAGCUCAGAGUGCACCGGCUGAUGAGCCUUUUUAUUGCAACGAAUGCUGGCCACUCGGAGGUGCAGCAGGUGAAGCAGUUGUUUCAAGCCAGAGGCCCCGCCCCACCAUCGCCCCCAGGAGCACCCAUCCUCCCCCCCGGCCUUACCACCCAAGUGGUAACCGGCGUGCACGGUUGGCCGGGCCUGAAGCGGUGGUUCGGGGCACUGGAUGAGACACAGUUGAAGCAGGUAGAGGCGGAGGUGGAAAAGGUGGUGGCGGUGCGAGGCACUGUGUUCCAAGGCACAUGCACGUCAACGUUCUCCCUGGACGUUGAGAGAAUGAGGCUGGCCUUGGGAAGAGGUAGCUGCCAUGACUCGUUUGUGUGCGAUGAGGAGAUCGCGGUGGGGGAGGUGGUGAAUGAGUCGGAGAGGAAAGGGUGCCGCACGGAGUUUCUGUUCUGGUAG